UAUAUUUCUGAUUUUAUUUUACACUUAAUUUGUAUAUACAAAAUGUAUUUUGAGUAUCAAUACAUUUAAAUCAGAAUAGCUGUAAAUUAUUAUUAUUUUUUCUCAUUUUGGUCUUCUCUAUUACAUACAAAACAUUGUAUUUUUGCAUUUUUUGCAAAUAUUAAAUGCUGGAAUAGACCACUACUUUGUACCUCUACAUUUUUGGCUACUGUACCCACCUCCAUGCUCAAAAAUCUCUACUUAAAUACAUCUUUAGUAACAGUAUUAUUAGAAGAAAGAACACUGUUAUUAUUACACAUAUUUCUGUCAACACUCAAAUAUGUUUACAUAGAAUACAGGUGCAGUAUUAUGGCAUUUCACCUUUUCCUUUGUCAUAACGCAAUAAUUAUUGCUAGUUAUUAUAGACAUCAACUUGUUGACCUAAACUUUCUUUAGAAUCACAAGCAUUCUCAUUUGAAACAGACAACGGCUGGUUUCAUGUUUGUGGCAUUCCUCCCCUUAGUUUAUGUUUUCUUUGAUCGCAUCUUGAUGAUGCUGCUGCUCCUUCUCUCUGUUUUCAUUCUCAGCAGGGCGGUAGCACAACAUUCCCAGUGGAGACGUUGCUAUGUGCCACUUAAUUUGUACAUAACCCAUGCUGUGUGCCUGCUUUCCAUUCGCAAUCCCCCGUCCACUACUCGACUCUUCUAUCUAAUAAUUGUCUUCCUUGUGUGUCAGGUAUUGCUCAUUGCUAACACAGCUCAGAUGUAGUAAACAAAAAACUGUCUUCUUAGCAACAUCUAUUACGCAUACAGAAGAAUCAGUUGCACACACAUACAUAGGUAAACGCAGCUUGCUCCACCCCACAUCUCGCCUCUGGACUUGUUUAGCUUGUUACGCCCGUACCUGCUCACUAUUGCAGGGACCAAGGCACCUGUCAACCACACUGUUUGAUUUCACGCUCAUAGGAGUCCUGCCACAGGGCUGACCAAGCACACACCAUCUGGAUAGCAACUCUUAUUUGGGACUUUUUCAGACAAAAGAAGAACCAUGUCAAAUGAUGGGGACAAAGCUGCUGUAUUUAAAACUACUAAAGUCCGGACCAAAUUGAGAGGGGAUAACAGCUGGUUACAGCGCCACUCUGAUACCCAGCCUGAAACACAAGAAGAUAAACCCUGGAUUGCAGAAGUCAGAGCCAGCCGCUUGAAUGGAGCCAACGUUGAAUCAAGUCCAGUGUCUUCACCAAUCCAAUCCUCUCCAUCACCCCGCCCUACCAGCACUGAACGAUCACCCACAUCUGGAUUUCUGAUCAGGGGUGUAUUUACUAAAACAGAGAAACCACCAACAGCAUCCAAUGGCUACAGUGGAACAACUCAAUUUACCAAAAAAACAUCUGAGACCUACAAAAAAAUAGCCCCGUACACUGUGAAGAAAACCGCAGAGAACCAGGAGGGCCAGCUCAGCACGGAGGAGCUGGAGAAACGAACGGAGGCAGCCAGUAGUGUGUUGAACAAAUCUGCAGCAAGACAGCGUUCUUAUGUACUAUCUGCAGCAAAGAUAUACGAAUCUAAAGACAAAACCCCAGACCUACUGGUUAACAGCACUUCAUCAUUUGUGGCUCAAAGGGUUGAUAUUAUAGAUGAUGAAGAAAGCAAUGCGUCUCCCUCCACCACCACAAGUGUUACUCCUCUGCCCAAGGCUCAAACAUUAGUCAACACAAGUUCAACAAAAAUUGAGAUAACAGAGGAAAUUAAGACAGAAGAAGUAAAAGUAGAGGAGAAAGCCCCAGAAAAAGACCCAUUUGAAAAUAUGGUACCAGGAUGCACAAAAGUAGCCACUCCUUUGCCAGAACUUAUUCCUGAUCUGGUCCAAGCCACAUACGUCAAAGCUGAUGACUCAGGUGAAGUCAAGCAGCCUGUAUCACUUGUAGUAGAACCAGCUCCACCCUCUCCACCUGCCACCCCGCCACCACACACUGUAACAGUGGACUCCAUUGUAGUAACGACAGAGGAGAUUGUGAAGACAGAACCAGAGAAAAAAGGUCUACAAAUAAGCGUUGAGCCUAAGUCAACUCCUACAGUCAGUAAUGUGGAACCACUAACUGAUGAUUUGCUGGGUCUCAACGACAGCACAGAGUUGGUUUCCCUUGUCCCUCCCAGUUCAGGACCUUGGAGUCAAGAUCUGCUUAGCCCUGUAGAAAGUGAGAAGCCAGCACCUGUCAAACCUAGCAGCAGCAUUGUCGACCUGCUGUCAAAUGAGGACAUUGUAGUCACAGAAGUGCAUAGCCUCAGAACACAGCCAGUGGAGGAGACACAGCCAGUGACAAAAUCACAAAGCGUCACAGAAACAGUCACAAUAACUACCAAAACUGUGAUCAUUACUGAUGAAGGUGAAGAGGAAAGAGCAGAUCCCCUGAGUUCACAUGUGAUUACCACAGUGACUGAAUCCAGCUCGACUGAUCCGUUUGAUCCAUAUCCGAUCGGGACCACAUCCUCUAACAGCUCCUCUGACCUGCUCCAACCUCUGGCAGACGUUUCCAUCAACAGUGCAUCAGACACAUCUGUCAAGACCAAACAGCCCACUGCAGAAACAAAUAUGAGUGGUAAUGUCCUGGAUUCCCUCUCAGAUGACGUCAUCCCAUUCAACACAGAGGCAACAUCAAGCCUGAGCACUCAUCGUUCGUGGGCACGCACAUGGGAACCAGAGGAGCCAGAGAGCACAGAAGAGAGCCAAGAGGCGGCAGAAGCAGAGGAGGGCCAAGAUGGAGACCAGCAGACAGUGAUCAUGUUCGAGAGGAAGUCGAGCGAAAAUGACUCCCCAUGGGACAAGUGGACGUCACCGACUGUGUAUAGUAUCAGCAACGAGGAAGAAGAUGAGGAAGAGGACUAUGCCAUAGAUACAGAGACACAAAUCAUAACCACGGUCACCACUAUUAGGGAGACACACAGUGAGCCGGAGCCUAGCAUGGAUCGCACUUUGAUAGAGCCAGAAGCAGAAAUCAAAAAGCCAUUUGUUUAUGUUAAGGAGUAUGUCAACACAUCUGAACUGUCCCUACUGAAUGCCAGAGAUACUGACAGGUCUGAUUAUUUGACGUCAACAUCUACCAGUUACUCGUACAGCAGCCCCACUUACUUGAGUGGCUCGCUGUCAUCCAAGUGCACAUUCUGUGGGGAGCAAGUGGGCAAUGACUCCAAGAUUACCAUUGACCAUCUGAACAUCAACUGCCAUCCUGAAUGCUUCAAGUGUGGCAUGUGCAGUAAACCUAUGGGAGACCUUCUUCAUAAGAUGUUCCUUCAUGGAGGGAAAGUCCACUGUGAGAUUUGCUACAGAAAUGCUUUGGACUGAUUAUAGAUGGCCUCUUGUGCGGCCUCUUAUGCUCUGGCCUUUCUCUUGUUCAUUAGUAUACAAGGAACAAUUGUUCGUUUAAAAAGUUUGGACUAAGAUGAGUCUAAACUUGAUGUGGUUGAUGGUGAUCAAGGAGACCUUUUCGAACAAUAUGACUAUGAAUGUUUUUUCUUGUGUUAGGUCAAUCUGAGAUUAUUUUCUUUUUUCAUUUCGGGGGAAAGAUGUCUGCCUCUGUCAACUACAGUAUGAAGGAUAUGUCUUUAAAAGUGCAUGUUACAAUGCAAUACAAUACAAUUAUAAUUACAAAUUCAUGGGGUUUAUUACAGCUGGUUACUAUUUUAAUGUCAUUUUUCUGUUCAUGAAAUUGUUUAUUGUUCAAUGCUUUGUUAAUAAAUCUUGUUCUUUCUAAUACAAA